UAUCCGUCAUGUCGCACAUGGGCUACGCUUGGACCGAGUCUUUGAACGGUAUGUAUCCGUCCAUGGAGCAUUUGUUCAGCGCAGAGGGAGCANNGGGAAACGAGGCGCGGGAGGACCCCACGCACAACAAGUUUCGCCAACAGCCAUUCACACCAGACGAAAACGUCAGCCCAAGGAAGCCCUUCCACCACCACGCCGUCGACCACAUGGCGCGCCAGCAGCUCCCGCCGCCCGGAUCUGCCCUGUCGUCGGCGUCGGCAUCCGGUCAAAUGUUCAAGGGUCCUAUACACACCGGUGCCUCGUCUGCCACGGGUGGACUCGAGCACGGAACAUGUUUUCUGUCGGCGCCGUGCGACAAGCCCGACUGCGAUGAAGCCACCAUCUGCUACGACUAUUCUCUGCCACACUAUGCCGACCUCCACUGCUCCCAGGACGCCUUCAACUGUACCGAGACCUUCGACUGUGCAGAAACAAACUGUCAUGCCGCUGAUUGGGUGUGCACCGACAUAACCUGUCAAGAACCCGGUUGCGAUCAAGAACACGCUCGAGAAUGUACUCCCGCCUGCGCCGCUACCGCCGUUCCUUGCUCCGAUCCGACUUGCAGUGACGACCACCUCUACUGCUGUCUUUCAGACGUCUGUCCUCGACCGCAUCCUCCCGGUACCGAAUGCCCUCAAGCGCUAUGUCACGAUCAACACAUACAUCCUGCCACCACCAUCUGCCACCCUGGUCCUGCAGCCGCCUGCACACAACCAUAUGGCUACAAGGUUCCGUCAACAGCUACAACAAGCCAGGAUACCAUGUCGACUAGUACCAUCAGCACACCAACGACAGAUUCUAUCCCCACACCAGACAAUUUCCAGUCUUUGAUAGAAGCUGCCUCGUUGAUGCCACAUGUCGGUUACAACUUCAACACCACAAGGCAAGUCUUGUUCGUCAUCACUAUACUCCAAGACUGUCAAGCUAAACUUUGCAGUGCUUACCCACCACGAAAACGUAUGCGCCUCGACGAAUCAAGCUCUUUCAAUGACCUAAACGCACCUUACUAUUCCACAAACGACUACUGGCAUCAGGAUCUCUCUCACAGCUUCUCAUCGGCACAAUUCUCCUCGACUAGUCAGCCAAUCACUGCCAGUGCGUCGCCAGCCAUCAAGACUAAAGCACGCCAAGAUAAAGCCUCGAAGGACCUGGAUGAAGUUGCUAUAUGUAGAUGGAACGACGAAGUCACUNNGGUUCUCAGCCCAUGCAAUCGUGUUUUUGCUACCAUUGAGGACUUGCACAACCAUGUUAAAGAUCAUACAUGCACCCUGGUGCCUUCNAAAACGCCCAACCGCACAUUCGUUUGUCGCUGGGAGGGAUGUGAGAAGGACGCGCCUUUUGGUACGAAGAACCAUCUCGACCGUCACAUGCAGAACCACACUCGGUGUAAGUCUCCAAUGCGAAGGAUAUCACAGAUGACGAUGCUCAUAUUCAAAUCAGUCAAGCCCUUUGCCUGCAACAUUUGUGGCCACCGUUGUGUUACUCAACAACAAUUAAACAACCAUUUGACAACACAUUCACGAGAAAAGAAGUUCAAGUGUGACUUCCCAGGUUGCGGCAAAGUCUUUGGUGUCAAGACAGCUUUGUCAACUCACAAGCGCACUCACACCAAUGAAAAGCCUUUCUCAUGCCGCUGGUGUGGUGACAGCUACUCAGACAGCUCAAACCUAUCAAAGCACCGCAAAACCGUCCACGAAGACGACAAGACCGCCAUUCCCUGCCCACACCCUGGUUGUGAGUACAGAGACUCACGCGCUCAACGUCUCGAGCGCCAUUGCCGCGAUACCGGCCACGGCAUGGCUCUCUACAGCGACGCUCACAAGUGGAGCGAGUAUACCAGAAAAAAGCAGGUUCGAAGCCGCACAGCCAGUGUUGCUCCCAGCAUCGCU